AAGAGGCAAGAUGGCGGACGCCGAAGAGAGGGUUUUACGGCAGGCGGCAGCUUCUACUGGACCAAUUUCAUUCAGCUUUAGUCGCACCUCUGUCCGGAGGCGUGUGGCGGACCUGGGGAGCAGCGCGGAGGCAGCCGCGGAGGAGAAGGAUUUGUUAAAGACCGUGGAAGGGAGGGAACUGCAGAGUGUGAAACUCUCAGAAGUCCCCAACGAGUUCAUCAUCCCUUUGAUCAAGAAUGGCCGUCGCAGGCAGCCACCAACCCAGGCCCCUGGGCCAUCCAGAGAAAAUGAGGCUGUAGUGGAUGGGAUGCUGUCCCAGGCUGUGGAGGAGCUUGUUGAGGAAUCCAAGAAGUCUCUGGAGGAGAGAGACAGUGCGGGUGUUGACCCCACGCUCGCUAUCCCCAUGAUCCAGAAAGGAUGCACCCACAACAGGGAAGGGGCAGACAGCGAACCCCAGGCUGAGACAGUGCCAGACGAGGCAGAUUAUGAGGCAGUCCCUGUGGAGGCCUAUGGGUUGGCCAUGCUGCGGGGCAUGGGCUGGAAACCUGGCGAGGGCAUUGGCCGCACCUUCAAUCAAGUGGUGAAGCCCCGUGUCAACUCACUGAGGCCCAAGGGUUUAGGGCUGGGCGCCAACCUGACCGCAGCCCAGGCCCUGGCCCCCACCAGCUCUUCUCACCUGCCGAGGCCAGAUGAGGAGCAAGAGAAGGAGAAGGAAGACCAGCCUCAAGGGCUGGUGCCUGGAGGAGCCGUGGUGGUACUGUCUGGCCCCUACCGAGGCCUCUAUGGGAACGUGGAGGGUAUUGAUCCCGACAACGUUCGGGCCAUGGUUCGCCUGGCGAUGGCGAGCCGCGUGGUGACUGUUAGUGAGUACUGCCUGCGACCUGUUUCCCAGAAGGAGUUUGACAAGAACUCCUUGGAUAUCAGCCAGGUACCCAGAACUUCCUCAGAGCAAUGGAAUGGAACAAACUCAUCAUGUACAGCCCUCUGGAAUCAGGAUCUCCAUGUCCAGCGGGAGGACUCAGAAAGAAAGAGGAAACACCCUCCAGACCAACAAGAUAAGCCCGCAGCCAAGAAUCAGAAAUCAACCCCCAGGAGUCAGCACUGGUUGCGCAGGGACCUGCGUGUACGAUUUGUGGACAAACUGCACAAGGGCGGCCAGUAUUACAACACCAAGAUGACAGUUGAAGAUGUCCUGACCUCAGAUACUUGCGUGUGUAGGACAGAUGAAGGCCAAGUCCUGGAAGGCCUGAGGGAGAACAUGCUGGAGACCCUGAUUCCUAAGGAGGAGGGCAAGUGUGUGAUGGUGGUGCUGGGACCACAGGCUGGAAGGGUGGGACAUCUGCUGGGCCGAGACAGAGAAAAGAGCCGGGCUUUGGUGCAGCUGCGGAGAAAUAAUCAGUUGGUGGAGCUUCAUUACGAUGCUGUCUGCCAGUACAUGGGCCCCAGUGACUCAGAUGAAGACUGAGCUAUGUGACCUAUUCCAGUCCCACAUCUGUACAGUAUCAAAAACUGGCCUCCAUGAAGGCAGGGAGAAAAAUUUUUCCACCCUCCACUCACAGCACAGUACUGGUCUGGGAACAAGGAAUAUGGAUGGACUGGAAGUCAGGCUAGAAACAAACUUGAUAUUUAGCAUAUAAUAAAACCAUUUCAGAUACUUGACAAAACGAUGGAUUAUUCAAUAAAUGGUAUGCUGAGCUGUGAGUUAAGGCACCCAUUCCAUUUUUCAGGCCCACCUCUGCUUGGGGUACAAGGCAAGAGAAAAGAUCCAUUUGAUUAUUAGAUUAUGAGCUUACUCUUGGAAUAAGAAGCUGUGAAAUGUGUCCCCUGAGCAGAUACUGUGGAAUCUGGGAUGUCCCAUCUCUGAACAACUUCCUGAGCAAGAACCCUAGCAAUGGGUUAUACUUUCACUCUUGGUCCAGAACAGACCCCCAGAGAAUAUCUUGAACUGGUGGUAGGAUCAAGAGGAAAGGAAGCUUCUACCCACAAAAGGGAUAUGUUAACUAAUUUCCCAAGAAGUCAAUUUCUGGGCCCCCAUUUUAGUUCCAAAACUAUGACUUUUAAGACAAAAAGUGUUGUCUGUCUUGUGUAGAAUUUCUCUGGUUGCUGCAGGUAACUAUAUUCUCAAAAAGGUUACUGUCUGAGAGAAUCCUCACACUUGUUUCUCUUUAAUGGCCUGAGACAUAAAAUCAGUGAGGGAAGUUAAUGUUUUGGACACAGUUGUUUCUAAAUCAUCCGCCAUCACCAAAUCACUGAUGUGAUAAUUAGUUUUGAGUUAGAUCUAGGCCAUUGGUAUAGACAUGUCUGAACGUGGCAUGGUGCUAGAGAAUUUAAACAGUGACCCAUGUAGCAGGAUAGUAAAGGUUAGUUGCUGUCCCAAGGUGCCAAGCAAAGGCAAACUGCUCUUAUUAACUAAAAUGAACAGGUAUAGAAUAAUGAGGUCGCCAGAUCAAUGGACAUAUGCUCAGUAAGGGAUGAUUUAGAAAAAAACUUCGAAUAUAUAAACCACAAUGUGAAGUACAGUUACCACAGCCUCAUUUAAUUUUUUAUCGUCCCCAAUUAAUUCCAGAACUCAACUGUAUUCAAAAUUGGGCUUAACAAGGUUAUUAAGGCAGACUGGGGUGGGUUGCAAACUACCACCACUGCCCCCAUUUCCUCCUAUUCUGAAGUCACACUGUGAUUUCAUGCCCUGCCCCUGAAAUCCCAGACUGGGUUCUAUUUUUAAUUUGGUGGGGAGGGUUGGGGUGUUCUAGAAGUUUCCAAUUUGGCAUAUCCAGCAGUCAGUUUCCUACUCUAUGUGAAAGGAAAAGGCUAUCUCCUUUCUCCAAAUCAUAAUAAACCAUUUUAGUAUCCCCUGAGAAGGGCUUAAAGCUCUCCAGCAAAUGUCAUUGGCCCUCCAUGUCUGGCCUCUAACAUGGCCAGAAUCACCUGGCAACAUCAGGCAUUCCCUCCAUCUCUUCCAGGUGCCACAGUACUUAAAAUUGAUCUUUUACCAGAUUCAGAUUUCUUGGAAUUAAUGUUUCCCCUAAGCCUGCGUUUUAAAAUGGGCCCUGGAGUUCUUGCAUAUGGCCUCUUGCCCAGAACUCCUAGCACUAGGCAGAGCGCCCUGGUCUCCCCCAACAGACCAUUGGGGCUUGUGCUUCCUCUUCAGAGGAUCCCUCCUGAACCCUCAUUCUGAGGACAGGGCUCCUUACAUUCAGAGAAGUCUGGACAAUAUGAGGGGGCUUUUGCAGUCUGCUCCUUUUUCACUGUGCACAAACGAAUCCUUGUUUUGCAAAGUCCUUUGGAUCUGCGCAGUUUUCUCUCAGUUCACUGUCUGCCAUCUGCCUGCUGCUAAGGUUACUGCAGCAACAGCAUCUGUGAGUCUAUGAAUUCCCCAUGGGCCACUCAGAAGCUGGAGACUGAUUCAUACAAUUUGUUCAAACUGGCUUUUCUUCCGUAUCACAGGGAUUGAGGGAGAUGUAGGCUAAAAAGCAUCUACCUUGUAUGCCAGGCUUCCAGAAGUUUCCCUGACGGUGUUGCCUCCAUGACACUGAGCUGUGAAUUUGUGGCAGCAGAUUCAGAAAGAAGAAAAUUAUUUGAGUGGUUGAGGCUGCUGCCUGGGGGUGGGCUUGGUGGUAGAUAUAUACAGGUAGACUCUCUUCUCUGACUUCCUCCCUCAACUGGAGAUGCUCCUCUACACCCCACAGUGGGGCCUCUUAACCUCCAUGUUUGUUGUACCAAUCGGAGUGAUAAAGUAUCAAACAACCUGUAAAGCUAUAUAAGGGGGUGAGUCCUCCUAUGUGCCCCAGUUGCCCCGAUACAUUCAUGAACAUCUGUUGAGCUCCUAGUGUAUGUUAGGUACUGUUCUGCAUGCUAAGGAUACAGUAGGGAAUAAAUCAUUCAUUCAAGAAAUAUUGAGUCCCUACUAUAUGCCAGGCAUGAUUGUAGGUAGUGGUGAUAUAGCUAUGAACAAAAGAAAGAUCCUAGCCCUCGUGGAGCUGACAUUCAGAUGGAGCUGAGAGCCAAUAAGCAACAAAUGUCACACAUUAACUAGGAUGCUAGACGGUGCUAAAAGCCC